AUGGGAAGAAGUGGGAAGGUGGAAGUGAUGACUGAUAAUAUAAGAGAUGAUAUUAAUAGUAGGGUCACAGAUCUUGCUAGAGCUCUGUCGGGAAAUACUGAGGAUAAAGAAGGGUUAUGUAAGAGUUCUGAUGGUAGUAGUCCAAUUAGGGGACUCCACAAAAAGGUUUGUAAGUUAAUUACUGCAGGUCUAAAGCAUAUUUAUGAAAUUAAAGAAGAAGAAAGGAGCGAUGGGGGGAACGCUAAGGACAAGCAGUUAUUUAAGAGAACUAUGUCCUGCUUCCUCCUAAAUGCUUAUGCAGAUAAGUUAAUCAAAAAAUCGGAAGAGCAGGGAUGCAAUAUUAUUGAAAAAGAAAUAGAGGAAAUAUUUAAUAGAGCAAAUACAAGGAUGGAUCAAUGGUGUUUGCAUAAGCGUCAGGAUGGUAAGAGUAAUGAUUGUGUUAAAUGUACUAGGGAACGUAUCAUAAAUUGUGAAAUACGAGAAGGCGCAAACAAAUACAAUGUAAAGACCAGAGUGGAUGAACUGCUCAACAGAGACGAUCCAGAAAUAAAAAAAACCUUCGACAAAAUAUGCGAAGACUGCAACAAGGAGAAAGACUUAUGUGAACGUAUGAGGUGUGUAACAGAGAAUUGGUUUAGGGACCGAAUAGGCGGAUAUACAACACAGAACUGGUGUGUAUUUUGGGAUCCGGAUACCAUGAAUAAAUUGAAGAAUUUGUCUGAAGCUAUGACCAAGGGUGACGGAACUGAUAGUAACCUGUGUAGUACCAUGGAAGGGGUAAACAAAAAAGCAUGUAAUCUUAUUGUUAGGGGUUUAAAACACAUUUAUGACAUUCAAAAGGGAAAGGCCAAGACGACACAGAUGGCUCUGAACAACCAACAAUUUGAACAGACUAUGUCAUGCGUCUUCCUCAACGCAUUCGCAGACAGAUUGGAACAGCUGUCGCCUUGCACACCAAAUGCAGGCGUGACACACGCCUUUAAAGCUGGAAGUCAACUUUUGGUAUCUGAGUGUCAGAAGAAGGGUGAUACUAAGUGUGUUGAAUGUACAAGGCAGAAAGAUCUAAAGUGCACACUAAAUGUGGAUCAAACGUUGUGGGCGAAGGGUGUGAAGUGCCAGGAAGAAGGGAAUGACGAUAUAAAAAACAAAGUGGAUGAAAUGUUCAAUGAUAAGGGGAAGAAUGUGGAAACACAGAAAGUUCUAAAUACUAUAAAUACUAUAAAUAAUGAUAUUUCCUUAUGUGCACGUGUACAAUGUGUAACAGUAAAUUGGUUUAAAGACCGAAAACAGGGAAAGUCAACACAAAACUGGUGUGCAUAUUGGGGGAAGGGUGACGUCGGAAGAGUAUUGACCGAACUGUCUAAGGCUAUGACUAAUAAGAAUGGGGACAUGGAGAAGUAUUGCGAUAAAGUCGGUGAUGUAGGUAGUGCAAAAAGGGAGGCAUGUAAACUUAUUACAGCAGGGUUAGAACAUAUAUAUAAAAUUAAGAAGAAAGAAGUAAAUGAAGAUAAGAAGAAAAAGCCGGAACAGGUAGAGAAGGAAAAAAGGAAGGCAGUUCAUAAUCAACAAUUUAAUCAAACCAUGUCUUGUGUCUUAUUAAAUGCAUUCGCAGAUAAAUUGGCUGAACAAAAGUGUAUAGGUGAAAGUACCGUACAGCAGGCGUUUACAAAGGGGAAAAGUGUCUAUACAGAUUUGUGUACGCAGAAGAGUGAUCCUAACUGUUUUCAAUGUACAAGGCAAAAAAAUCUAAGUUGCCCCUUAAAAGUGGAUGGAAGUCUGUGGUCAACGGGUGUGAUGUGCAAACAAGGAAAAAGGGAUAAUAUGAAGAAAGAAGUGGAUGAGAAGCUGGACCCAGACACGAACAAGGAUUCAAAAGUAAAGGAAGCUCUGUCUGCAAUAACUAACAUAUGUCCACCAGCACCACCCAGUGGCCCAUCAUCGAAAGCAGGUAAGAAAGAUAAGGAAGAACAUGAUAUGGGCUGCAUUGAUGACAACGCACGUAACUCGAAAUCUACUGUAAGGACUGAACAAGGCGGGGGCAUUACUGUAUCGGAAGGACAACAUAAGAUGGACGGACAACUUCGUUGUUCUGAUCUUAAAAAACUCCUAGAUGAACAAUCUACCGCGAAAUCUACUCCUGCUUCUUCAGGUGAAAUACAAACAAAGGAGACAGAUGAUUCCACCAGGAGAACUUCAGACUCCCAAACCCCAAGCACAGGAACAGACACUCAAGCCCCAAGGACAGCAACAAAUACCUCGGCUCAACCUGAGAAACCUGAUAAACCUGAACCUCUUCCUGCCCCACUCAGUCAGCAGACAGACCACCCUAAUCUUACUUCAUACCUCCCCCUUGCUCCUGCCGUGCUUGGUAUUUCUGCUAUGACUUACUACCUUUGGAAAGUAUGA